ACAUAACUCCGACUGACCCCGAGCAGCGAGGAAGCAGCUGCAGCCUGUUCAAUUCAUAAGAAGAUUUAAACACAUUUAAUACCGCGGGGUGUUUGUGUAGUCACAGUUUCCGUACUGCAGGCAUCGACGGAGCUGUUAAAAGUUAGACAAUAUAAAUAAAGCACACUCGGAGAGCCCAGCGACUCGGGGUUGGACACCUUCUCCAGCUAUCAUUAGGGAAAAAAAUGGAGACUCUACACCCCCACUGCCUUAAAUGCAUCAAUAGAAGAUGCAUGGUGAGACCAGAGACAGGUGUUUCCUGUGACCUCAUUGGCUGUCCUCUUGUCUGUGGGGCAGUUUUUCACUCGUGCAAACUAGAGGAACAUCGUCUGCUGUGUCCCUAUGAACGCCUCCCUUGCCUCAACAGUGGGUUUGGCUGCCCUUUCACUAUUGCAAGGGUCAGGAUGGCACAACACCUUGAGACGUGUCCUGCAAGUAUAGUAUGUUGUACUAUGGAGUGGAACCGCUGGCCCGUCAGCUAUGCUGAUCGCAAGUCCUAUGAAAACUUGAGCAAAGACUUCGAUGAGGUGGAGCAGUUAGACAUGGCUUUGGCUCUGCAGGAUCAAAGGAUGCUGUUAGAGUCCCUUAAGGUCACGACCACUGUGUCGAAGAAUGGAGGUAAAGAAUUAGAUGAAAGUGAUAAAAUGGCCACAGCAUCAAGUUUACCAGAGACAGUGUUAGGUAAUGCAACAGUGGAAAUGGAGGAAGAGCCCUUUAAUGAGCUGUACAGGGCUUCAGUGGAGACGAGGAGAAAUUUAGCUGCUGCCUUGGACAUCCUCACUAAUUCCAAGGACAUUAAUGUAAUUGUUGGAAACUUAAAUGGCGAAAAGACUGAUAAGAGUGGAGCACUCCAUAAUGGAGAAAAUGGUGAUAGCCAUGGUAUUUAUGUUGCUGAAGGCGGGAAGAAUGUAGAUAUGCAAGAAAGUGACUCUGAUUCAGAGUGCGAGCUGGGAGCGGUGGGCGGAGUGGAGAGCGCUGCUAUAGGCGAUGGAGAAGAAGAUGGUAUCAACUGGGUUGAAGAAAAUGAUUUUGUUGAGUUGCUUUUUGAUGAGAAGGAAGAUGACAUUGAUGAACCGAUAAAUGAUUCCAACCUUGUCUGGCCAGAGAUGCCUCAGAAUUACAUGCCUGUUGUAGCACUGGAACCUCCUGUGCCUCAACAAGAACCACUUGCACCUCCAAUGCCAUUCCUACUGUCUGAUCAUGUGAGAAAUAACUUCUUGCAACACUUACCCACUGAACUCAGGUACAGGUGCCUGGAGCGUAAGCUACAGAAUGUAGAAGUGCUUAGAGGAAUAAGUAUGUUUACAUUUAAUGGACGUCGGGCCCUGCUGUCAGAUCCUUAUUUGUUUCGAGCGAAGAUGGAGGACAAGGCAGUUGACACAUCUGACCUGGAGGUAGCAGAUGACCCCAUGGGCCUCCAUGGCAUUGACCUUAUCACUGCAGCUUUGCUUUUUUGCCUUGGCGAUUCUCCAGGAGGCAGAGGAAUCUCAGACAGCAGGUUUGUUGAUGGCUACCACAUUGAUUUUGGUACGCAAACAUUCUCCUUCCCUUCUGCCAUUCUUGCAACCAACACCAUGGUGGGGGAUAUUGCUUCAGCUUCAGCCUGCGAUCACGCCAGUCCACAGCUUUCCAACCCCAGCCCCUUCCACACUCUUAGACUGGACCUAGUGCUUGAAUGUGUGGCCCGAUACCAAACCAAACAGCGCUCCAUGUUCACAUUUGUGUGUGGGCAGCUGUUCCGACGAGAUGAAUUCUCAUCUCAUUUCAAAAAUGUUCAUGGAGAUAUUCAUGCUGGACUCAAUGGCUGGAUGGAGCAGCGCUGCCCCUUGGCCUACUACGGCUGCACCUACUCCCAAAGACGAUUUUGUCCAUCUGUUCAGGGCUUCCGGAUCAUCCACGACAGGCACCUGGGUUCUUUCGGGGUGCAGCCUGGUUUGCCAUUGAAAACUGGGGACACGCGCCUAAGAAAGAACUGCCAGUUUAGCUCUCAGUGUGACCAGUUCAGCAGUCUUCCAUUUGAAAUUUUGCAGCACAUAGCAAGUUUUCUGGACAGCUUUAGCUUGUGCCAGCUCUCCAGAGUGUCCCGCAUCAUGAGAGAUGUGUGUGCCAGCCUGCUGCAGAUGCGUGGCAUGGUUGUUCUGCUGUGGGAGAAGAAACGGCGUGCUGAUGGGUCUCCCUCAUGGCAGAUCACAAACAAGGUGUGGCGAUUCAGCACAGCCUUUGGUACAGUGAACGAGUGGAAAUUUGCAAACAUCGCCAGCAUGGCUGAUCACCUCAAGAAAUGCAAAUUUAACACAAUUUCUCGUCGGGAGGAGGCGAUCCCUCUGCCAUGCAUGUGUUUCACCAGAGAGCUCACAAAGGAAGGGAGGUGUUUACGUUCAGUUCUCAAACCAGUAGCAUAAACAGUGAGGUCAUCCUUCAGACUCCUCUGGGUCCUACAGAACUCAAAUGCACAUUUUUCCUCCAGUGUUUACAGACAUUACGACUCUUCCGGCCUCAGAAAGACAACUCCUGGUUGAACUUUACCUGUGGUUCUCUGCUACACAGUGGAAACAGUCUUCAAUCCCUCAAAUAAGACAAAGCCAGUAGUGAGCUGGCAUAUACUUCAGCUGAGGCUGACCUGCUGCAGUCACACAUCAGGACUAUAAAAAAGCAAAUCGAAGUUCUAGCGUUGUAUCUUCCUCUCUGAUAUUAAUCCUGGUGUACUGAAGUUGUAUCUUUACCUACUCUGACACUGUGUAAAUAUCGAAUGUUUUUGGUGUAGAAUUUUUAAACAAUUUUUUAUAUCAAAAAGUCAGUACCGUGCUUCACUGGUAAGAGUAGAGCCUUAACUUGAGAUACACUUGAUUUUUCUCGCCAUGAGGUCGUUCAGAACAUCUGUGAGAUUUCUCCACUGCUUCACGCUAGAACAGUUACUGCUACCUAGAACGCUUUGACAUCUUCUUUAGAUACUUACUGUGACCAUGUGUGUACUGCUUAGAACUCAGAUUUCACAGCGUUAAUUCUACAUUUUCACAUUGACCAAACGUCUGUGCUCCACUUUACAGGAUUAUUGAACUGCACCAGCAUGAGCAUGCUCACACCUUUUUUUUUUUU